CAAAGAUAACCAAAGCAGAUAUAUUACUAGAAAUUAUAACUAUGCCUACAACUGUCUGUCAAAAUAUUUGUGAUUUAUUAAUGAAAUCUAGUUUAGAAAUUUGUGACGAAAGUAUUCAGCUUCUCGAGUCUCGCAUUUUAGAAAAUCCUGCUGACAAUGAAGCUAAAUUGCAGCUGUCUGUUGGAUAUUUCUGGCUAUAUCAUUUAAUAUUUGAAAAGUUACAUAAAGUUGCUGAAGAAGAAGUGAAUAGUGCAAUGAAACCAGCUGCAAGGGAAGUUACUGUUAAUAAAAAUGAUGAUGAUGAUAUUGAGGAAAAUGACUUUUGUGAUAUAAAACCAGCAUUUCCUUAUCUUACUUUGCCUGUUGAGAAUGAGAUGGUGAAGAGCUUAGAACGAGCAUUUCAACUCUGGACAGAAGUCUCUGAUGAUUCUAAGUGUAACUGGAUGGAUUUUAUAGAAAUUAUUCAUCACUGGAAAAUUUUAGAUAUAAUACAUGCUACUGCGGAAAUCUAUGCUACAAAUGCUCAUGAUUUAAAUGAACUCAAUGCAUGGAUUCUUUUAUGUGAAAUUUCAUCUACUGUGGGAGAUAAAGAGCGUAGAUUUAUUGCUUGUCUAUCAUUAUUGAAUUUCUUCAUCAGAUUAGGGUAUUUGGACUUAUCAGCUCAUUUCCUGAAUGAUAUUGAGAGUAAUAUUUAUUGCAGUGAAGAACUUGAGGUUCUGAAGUUUAAGUUUCAACUUGUUAAAUCUAGGUAUAAUCUCCACACGGGAAAGUUUGAUGAGGGAUUACAACUCCUACAAAGUGUAUUAAGCACUUCAUCAGAAAAAGGCAGUAAAUCUUGGAAAAUAAUUCAAAUUGAAGCUUUGAUACUCCAGAGUCAAUAUUUAUCUCUACCUCGGUCAGCAUUUACUGAUUCCAAAAAUUUUGAAUUUAUUCAAAGGAAAACUGCUAUUGCAAUAGCAAUGGAAGCAGUAACUAGAUCUAUAUCUUUGUUAAAGCUUAUAGCUGCGAAACAGUUUCCUGAAACCUAUCCUCAUGAUUGGAUGUGUUUUAAACCAUCAUUGUUAAGAAAUUUAUUAGAAUCAUGUUUCUACCUUGGUGAGUUAUGUUUUCAAGCUGGGGAGCCACGUUUUGCUAGGUGCUAUUUACAAGAAGGUUUGAAAGCUGCCGAAGCUCAUGUUUUAACUUGUUGGUCCUCCAAAAUGUUGCUGCUUUUAGGACAAGUUGAUUUAUUUUGUGAUAAUCCUGAAGACUGUAUGGUAAAGUUAAAUGGUUUAAAAUACAUAAUGAGUGAAAAUUCUAAUAUUAGCAUAUCAACUUUAUUGUCAAAAGUGCAUGAAGAAACUGAAGAUAUAACACACAGUUCAUUUGAAGAAUUAAACAUACAUAGUAAGGAUGGCAUCUCUUUAUUGUGGGAUUUCAAACGAAGAUUUAUCAAAAAUUCUGAUGUACACUCUUCACCAGUUAGUUCUAAGAAAUUAAAAUCAGGGAGGUCGGUCAACCAAGUAUCUUCUAGUGCUCAUUCAAGGUUUUCAAUUAAUCUUGUACAGACAGAAAUAGCCUUCAUUUCAAGUUUAUAUUUUAUUGCUCAGGGUGAAACAACUGGAAUUGAAAGUGAGUUAAAGGCUAUACUCAGAGAUUGUGAUAAUUUGAAGAAACUAACUCUUAUUUCGAAUAAAAUACUUUCAGCAAAAUUAUGUGAUUCAGUAAAUGAACUCUCCAGAAAUCCAUCAAAACCUGAAGUAAUGUUAUCAACUUUUACUGCUCUUAAACUUUCUUUGAUUCAUUUCUCUAAUGGCAGUUCAGAUGAGGCUGAAAAUUAUAUUAAUUUAGCUUGUGCUUCUUUAAACUCAUCUUCAAAGUUUUACAAAUAUUUAUAUCCUAAUAUUUAUGCCCUGAUAAAAUAUCAAGAGAUAAUUGCCACUUUAAAGCGUAUGAUGAAAAUAAAACCCAACUUUUCUCUUGAAUAUCAAAUUUGUCCUUCCAUUAAGAGCUGUUAUCAAAUGUCAAAUGCGAGAAAGUUGAAAAAAACAUCGUUUAAUUGUUCAACUCCCUGCAAUAAAACUGUUCCUCGAUCCACUGGUGCACAUAAUUCCAGUCGUCACGAAAAAUGUAGGGCUCCUAUUAAACGUGAAACUUUGCCAUCUCAUAUUAAGAAAGAUUUAACUUCAAAACCUUCCUUUCAGUUCUCUAUUAAGGAUUCACCUGUUCUGAAUCUCAGCAAUAGUGAAGAUGAAUUAGUAUUUGAAAGUCCUAAGAAGGAUGCAGUGUUUCAGACAAAGUCAAAAUCUACCAGAAAGUGCAGUUCAAGGCAAGAGAAAGUGAAAAAAACGUCAGGUGAUGAGUAUAAAUUCUUUAAGUCUCGCAAUUUCAACCUACAAGUAACUUCUGCAUCUGAUAUUUGGAACUUAGCAUUACUUGACACACCAAAAAUGGAAAAGAAACCUCUGAAAUUAAGAGCGAGUAAAACAGGUCCAGUAAAAUCAAUAAAACAUAGGAGAAAAACUGGAGCUGUUAAAUCUGAAUCAAACUUGCCACAAAAGACUUCAAAUAUUUCUUCAGAUGUGUCCAGUAAACCUUCAAAAAGUGGCAGUAAUUCCAAACUGCCACCUGAUGUUAUAUAUGAAGAUAACGACUCGGGUAAGGCAUCAUGUGACUUUAAAUCCCAUGAUUUCCUAAGGCCAAGAAUUUUUAUAGAGAGCAGUAGAUCCUCACCUAGAGAUCCUUCUAUACCUGAAGUAAAUUUAACUGAUAAUAGUGAACAUGAUCUUCUAUUUCCUCCGAACGAAACUUUUAGCUCAUCUGGUUCAAGAACAGAGGAUCCACUGUUACAUACAGUCAAUGAACUCUGUGAAGAUGUAACUGCAUUGGUGAUAUCAGAGAGCAUAAAUGAUUCUAAAGAUUUAGCUAUACCUGAAAUGAAAUUGAAAGAAUUUAUAGCUGAACUGAAAGAUAUUAAGCAGCUUUUACACCAUAGUCUUUCCUAUCCCAUAUAUGCUGACCUCUGCAGAUUGCUAGCAAUUUUGCUGAUGAAUCAACUUUCUGACAAAAUGUGUUAUAAUGAAACACUACUUUCUGUUGGUUUCCUGCUGAGUGAAACCUGUUCUGUUACGCUUCGAAAUAGCCAUAUCACAAACCUCCUGUCCUUUAAAGUAUGGGAAGAAAGUGAAGAAAAGAAGAGUGUGCUUAAUUCAUUAAAAGCAGUUGAUUUACCAAUUGAUGUGCAAAUGCAAAAUAUUCUUAAUACCAUCCCGAAAGAUUGGACUGUUUUACAAAUUUCUGCAUUGACUGCUAAGGAAAAUGGAUCUGCUUUGAAUGAAAACUCUACACCUACAAAACUGAUAGUGUGUCGCUAUCAGCACAAUUCUAUACCUCUAGUAUCUUGUAUUGAUAGUUCAUUG